ACGAAAAUACUUGAUGUUCGCCGCUGAAAAAUAGAAGCAAUCUAACGUUACAAUCAGCAUGUGACUAUAAGCCAUCAAUUCAGCCCGAGGGCCAGCUCAGUUUGCGGCGCGUUCUCCUAGUGGAAAGAUCGAGUUUCGGGUGAAGAUCCUCGCUACUGCCGCCGUUAGGAACCGAAGCGAUUCAGUGAAGACAGCUUUUUCGGUGGAUUGUGGAAGCCCCUGUAGUUCGUCAUCCCGAGUGCGAUUUGGACUCCUGCUGGAUCGGGCAUAGCCUCGGACUCGUUUGUAUUGUUUGAUUUUUGAAACGCACCACAAUGAAAUUCGCACCACCACCCGCUUCUCUACGACAGCCACUGAUCAUCCCGGACAAGAUCAUGAUGGGACCGGGUCCUUCCAACUGCUCCAAACGUGUCAUGGCGGCUUUGAACAACACCUGCUUGAGCAACUUCCACGACGAGCUGUUCCAGGUCAUCGAUGAAGUCAAAGACGGUCUGCGCUACCUAUUUCAGACCGUAAACCGAACCACCAUGUGCAUUAGCGGUUCGGCGCACACCGGCAUGGAAGCCCUGUUGUGCAACCUGCUGGAAGAAGGGGACAUUGUACUGAUUGCGAAAAAUGGGGUCUGGGCCGAACGGGCGAUCAACAUGGCCACCCGAUACGGAGCCGAUGUGAGGGUACUGGCCGGACCAGCGGACAAACCAUUCUCGCUGAUCGACUUCAAGAAGGCGAUCGAACAGCACAGGCCAAAAUGUUUGUUCGUGGUGCAUGGAGAUUCGUCCUCGGGACUGCUACAACCGUUGGAAGGAUUGGGAAAAAUCUGCCACGACUAUGACUGUCUCCUGCUGGUGGAUGCCGUGGCCAGUUUGUGCGGCGUUCCGUUCUACAUGGACAAAUGGGAGAUUGAUGGGGUCUAUACCGGAUCACAGAAGGUGUUGGGUGCCCCUCCCGGGAUCACACCUAUUUCGAUCAGUCCUAAAGCAUUAGAAGUCAUUCGAUCCAGGAAGACACCAUCCAAAGUAUUCUAUUGGGACCUGUUAGUUCUGGGCAACUAUUGGGGAUGCUACGAUGAGCAGAAGAGGUACCAUCAUACCGUGUCCUCCAACUUGAUAUUCGCCCUGCGAGAAGCCAUAGCCCAGGUGGCUGACGAGGGUCUCGAGGUGGUCAUUCAACGGAGACAGGAAUGUGCCGAGCAGAUGUACCGCGGCCUGAACGCGAUGGGUUUGGAAGUGUUCGUAAAAGAUCCCAAACACCGGCUACCAACCGUCACUUGUAUUAUGAUCCCGAAGGAUGUCAACUGGUUCAAGGUCGCCGAGUAUGCCAUGGAGAACUAUUCGCUGGAAAUUCAAGGUGGAUUCGGGCCCACAAUGGGAAUAGCGUGGCGAGCCGGAAUCAUGGGCGAGAGUUCAACAGUGCAACGAGUUAACUUCUAUCUGUAUGCGUUCAAAGAAUCUCUCAAGGCUACGCAUCCGGAUUGCGUAAUUGAAGAGAGGAAUGGCCACACAAACGGAACAAAAUGAUAGUUGUUCAUAAAAUUCAUGGAAUUUACAAACGAUAAAUUUCAACACAAAUAAAGUUUGUGACUAAAUUAAUAAGAAUACUGUACAAUGAAUGUGAAAAAUCUUAGGCAAACUUAUUUACUUAUGAACACACUUAAAAUCAAAGACAAGGAAUAGGUACUUAGGAUUAAUUGAUAUCGAAUAAAAUUAUAAAUCUGAAUAUCGACAAAAUUCACAAAUUAAGAAAAA